AUGGGGCGGCAGGCAUACAUGGCUCGUUUGGCUUUUGGCCGUUCAGCAUUCGAGCCUCCGGAAGCAGAAACCCAGUCAGCAAAUCACGAUGCGCCAUCUGCCCAAGACACGGAAGGAAGCUCUCAGACGCUCGAUCCUGGCGAUGCUGCUUCAGGCGACGUCCAGCAGUACGAUGACCGUGGGCACCCGAUCAACCCGCGGUCUCGAGAGCUGGCGCGGCAGCUGAGAAGAGCCAAGAACGAUGUGCUCGCUGCCGCUGGCGUUGUGGUGAGGAAGAUCCCUGUGUACCGUGAUGGGACGGCAGGCGAGGCCGGGAGCAGGCGAGUAAGUCAGGACGACUACGACGCGGAAAGUAAAGCUCUUAUGUUCGCUUCCUGGAUGGCGAUUGUGCUCAGGGUAUCGGGUACCUGGUGGAUCAGCUCCCUGAGAGAUCGAUUUUUGACUUUCGGCGUACCAGCCGAUCUUCCAUUCACCGACAUUCUGCGCAGAAGCUACUAUCAUAUGGGGUUCUACCACUUCUUCUUCGGUGGCCUCCCGGCCCAGCUGCUUUCGCUAGUCAUCAGCCCUUGGGGUCUGUGGCCUCAAUAUGUCAUAAUGCUACUCGACCAGCUCGUUAUCACCUCCACACUUUCACGGAGAGCAGUAAGGGCAUACUUGAAGAGCGUGCCGUGGAUUGAGCGAACAAUCGUUUUCUCUUUAGAGCUCCUCUCGACGCCAUUGAUUGUGUACGCGACCUACCAGCGCCUUGGGCUAUUGCCAUCAAAGCCUCUUUUUCCACCAUUGCGGGGACUUAUCCCAUUCACUCAGGCAUCGCCAAUCCAAGCUCCCCCCUUUCCCUCGCGGAUGAGCGCGGCUGUAUUGUACACGUGGGCAGCUUCGAUACUCGAAUCUCCCCUGGUGCUGUCUCUGAUAUGGCGGCAUGCCAGCAACGUUGUCCAGAAUGCCAUCCGCGAGCCUUUCGUAGCGUAUAUCUGCAAGCCGGAUAGACCAGACGAACAUACUAUCAAGGAGACUACGGAGCGCAGGAACUCUUAUCGGAGCAUGCUGACGAAGCCGCCUUCUUUUUGGCGGAGCUUCGUCCGAGGAACCUUGUCCUUUGUGGGCUGGACUGCGUAUGAGCCAGUGUCCCCAGCAUUCCUCACGCAGUCACUAGACUCUCCCCACGAUGACGCAGUCACUUCACCACAGCCUGAGAGACAAGCAACGGCACUGGUAGCUCUAGCUUCGCCUAGAGAACCCCAGGAACUCCUAAUUACUGAUAGCCGUGGGGAAGGAACUGCAGUAGCGCAAGAACGGGACUCCUUGGGUGAAAGGGAGCACGAAGACCAUCCGCGCACCACCCAAGACGUCCUCGCGGCACCCGUAUCAGGAACAUCGCCUCCUCCAACCGACUCCCAGGUAUCGCGGCGCCCUCGGAAACGGCACCGCGUGACGCCGUUCUCAGAGGAGCCAGCCAUGAUGCUCGACACGGUGUUAAGCGGCUGCAUCACAGAAUUGAUUUUGCUUCCGCUUAGGGCCAUUAUACUGGGCAAGAUGGUCAGGAGCUUCGCAAGUAAUCCGGGGCUAGCACGGCAAGGGAUUUGUGCUCCGUUUGCGCCGUGGAGUGGCGGGAUAGGUCCGGUAGUGGGCCUCAGAGCGCUCGGGUCUGCCGCUAGCAAGGUUGCUUUGUGCUAUGCGAUCGAGUUGCUUAUAGGGCUUGGAGUUUGGGGAUGUGAGUGGGCGCUUGUCACAUCUGUUGGUAGGAGGUAUUUCAAUUGGGGCAAGCUUUAG